CCCUCAUAGCUCGUAACUGGACGAAAUAGAUUAGCAGCUCUAAUCUUGGUCCGGAUUCCGAUUAUCCUUUCUCCACAUAGAAAUGUAUUAAAAGAUUCUCUCGAAUUGAUCUCAACUUUCUCUUUCUUUCCUCAUCUUGAGAGCAAUGAGUCGAUUGACCUCGACGUGUGACGAACAAGUGAAGAAAUGGCUCUCUCGACGGUGACGGUGACGGUCAGACGGGGUGCCUGGUAUCUCGCCCUUUUCCCUGUGAUCCUUGCUCAGUUAUACUUUGCCCUGAUAUGGCGCCUCUUUCUUCAGUAUGUCCCAAACCCUGUUUUUCUUGUCUCCUUUUACUUGCACGAGCAUCAUGCCCUGCAAUUCCAAUUCUCUCUUCUUUUCACUAUUGGCGCAAAUUGCUUGACUUGUUUCUCUCCGAGAUAUUGUUCUAUUCGUUCCCUUAUCGCUGGCGUCAUCAUUGCUGUUCCCGCUACGAGUACGCCUUGUUCCUCGUUUAUCCUCUUGAGGAUUUAGUGCCUCGCUCGCUCUGUUGCUUGUGCCAACCA